CCACUGCUACAACGGUCUCGUCCUGAGCAUAGGAGAGAAUCACGAAGGCGUAGCAUUAUGGUAAGACCUGCAUGCAUGGAUUGCUCCUACCGCUACCCAAGUUUCCCCCCUUCCUUCUGCCCUUCUUCUGCCCUUCUUUCUGGCUUUGCUUGCUGCACACUGGGCUGUGCCGGCCAAUGGGCGGGAUUUAAAAAAAGCAAUUCGCUAACGCUGAUUUCCGGGCCUAGGAUGCCGCCGGGAAAGAACAUGGAUGACUGGUUCACAAUCUUCCGUAGCGGUAUGUGGAGGCUGUGGUACAAGUUGACCAAAGAGGGAAAGAGGCGGUAUUUCGACGAGUUCAUGGAGAUCCUACAUCGCACCAAGUAAGCUAUUCCCUCAUCUCGGGUUUCACAACAAGCCCAUUUUCUCUUUCCCCCCUCCCCCCCCCUCCUUCCCGUGGAAUGUCAUUUUUUUGUGUAUUUCUGCCCUUCGCUUUGCUUUCCUCGUGAAUUGGCUCUCGGAUCGCCUUGGUCGGCUAUGUGCGGCGCUGGGGGACAUAAUAAUACAUGUGCUUAUUGAGAAUGGUUCACUGACUUGCAUUUUUUUUUCUUCUUCCGAAUAGGGAGUCAGUUAUGGGGGCGCAAGAUAGUGACACAUGGUAAGUUCCUACGUUCUGCGUCCUUCUAGAAGGAGCUGGGUUGCACAGGAUCAUCUCUAAUCAUUCGGCAGGUACCUGGUUUAUGUCGGCGUCAUUCCCAGCGCGAGAGGGAGGGGCUACGCUAGAAAACUCAUUGAAUACGUGACAAAACAGGUGUGUAGCUUAAUUUCGUCCGUCCUUAUGGUUGGGUAGAGUGGGCACGGAGCGCUGGAUUAUUCCACUACGCGCUCUGUUGCUUUCUCACCUACAUCACAGCCCCACCGCCCUCAGUCACCGCGCUUCGCUCCAUACACCGCUCUGGGUGGAUGAGAGGAGGGGGGCUGAGGGGGAUAUGGCCCUAUCAUAUCCAUCCAGAUUCCCACCCACCCAUCCCUACACUUGCACCCAUUCUUUAGGUUGUUGACUCCACUGAACGUUUGAUGUUGACUUAUUUUCUUGCCUUAGCUCGACGCAGAAGGCGGCAAACCAUGCUAUCUCGAGAGCAGUCAUCCGAGGAACGUAGCCAUGUACCAGAAACUCGGCUUCGUGAAACAGCGACCUAUAGUACUCGGUCCCAACUGCAGCAAUCCUGCUCCUCUCGACAUCAUGGUCCGUCCCCCAAUGGAUCGUCGGUCGAGUCGCAAAAUGUCGGUGACAGCCGGGGCUGGUCGGGUCCUCUCUGCAUAAAUGCAUAAACCGGACUCACUUGGCAAAAGGGAAAAAAAGAAAAAAAACAACGAAAAAAAAUUCGCUACUCUCUUCCCUCUCAACUUAUCACAACAACACCUCCGGCUCCACCUCCUCAGCGUCCGUAAGGAUCUCCCCCCAUUCGGCUUGAGAGAGCGACAAACCUAUGGCAUAUGUAAUUAUCGGCUUUGGCAAAAAGGGCAGAACAACGGCAAAAUCAGGAAUGGAUGGUUGAUUUGCAUCGGGCGGCGACAUUCAUGAAAAGGUGUUCUUCUCGCAGGAGUUUUUUUUUUUUUUUUUUCCUUCUUUCCCUUUCCUUUCUGGAGUCUUUUCUCUCCCGCUUUACUUUUUAAUGCUUUUCUUUUGUCUCGAUUGCAGUAUAAUUAUAAAGGACUUGGAGUUUUUGUGAUUUUUAUUUUUUAUCUUUUAUACUUUUUUUCGUUUAUUAUCCUUUUACACUUUUUUUACCCCUUUUCUCCUUAAUCUUUUUUUUUUUUCCUCUUAAUGACUCCUUUUCCUUUUCUGUCUCGGGCGGGUUUGUUCAAA